GACGCGUUCUGGAUGAACCCUGGAGGGCCUGUUUGGUCCGACAGACCCCACAGGCUCAGCAGGGAUUUGCGGUGUCAUGCCCCGGAGCCCCCGGACCGCGCCGAGCUGGGCGCUGUUGCUGCGGCUGCUGGCACUGCUGCGGCCGCCAGGGAUGAGCGAGGCGUGCAGCUGCGCCCCUGCGCACCCCCAGCAGCACGUCUGCCACUCAGCGCUCGCCAUACGGGCCAAAAUCUCCAGUGAGAAGGUAGUUCCUGCCAGUGCAGACCCCACUGACACUCAAAAAAUGAUCCGGUAUGAAAUCAAACAGAUAAAGAUGUUUAAAGGGUUUGAGAAAGUCAAGGAUGUUCAGUAUAUCUAUACACCUUUUGAUUCCUCUCUCUGUGGUGUAAAACUAGAAGCUAACAGCCAGAAGCAAUAUCUCUUGACUGGUCAGAUCCUCAGUGAUGGAAAAGUCUUCAUCCAUCUGUGUAACUACAUCGAACCUUGGGAAAACCUGUCCUUUUUGCAGAGAGAAAGUCUGAAUCACCACUACCAUCUGAACUGUGGCUGCCAAAUUACCACCUGCUAUACAGUGCCCUGUACCAUCUCCGCCCCCAAUGAGUGCCUCUGGACAGACUGGCUGUUGGAACGGAAGCUCUAUGGGUACCAGGCCCAGCAUUAUAUCUGCAUGAAGCAUGUCGAUGGCACCUGCAGCUGGUACCAGGGCCGCCUGCCCCUCAGGAAGGAGUUUGUUGACAUCAUCCAGCCCUAGUAUGGGCCAAUGACCACCACUUUCCUUCAAGAGUCCUGAAGCCUAAGCCAGUUCUCCUUCCCUGUGGAGCUCUGGCUGUCACCACCUGUUUCAUCACUGCCAGCCAAUGGGAAGUACCAAGUAGAUGAUGUGGCUAGUGUUAGGGCAGGGAUGGGGCUUGUUACAACUUGUAUCCAAACACCAUCCCAGAACCUGUCAAAGGCCAGGAAAAGUCACUUGACUUUUCUAGCCUGCCAUUAGCCCAUCUCCCCUGCUUCCCAAACCCUUUCAGUCUAGCUAAGCCCUGCUACUGAAGUUUUGAUUCUGGCUUAGUUUGUUUUCUAUAGCCAGAACUAUUCACUUUUCUCCUUGGGAGAAUGUGUUUUCUCUUACUGUAACUGAUCUGAUAAGGGAGAAAUGGUGAUUAUUAUACAUAUGAGAUGAUGUGGCCUUGUGAUGUACAAUACCAGAAGGUGGGCUGACAGAAUCAGAAACAAGCUGAUUUGGAGGAGUGAAAAGAACAAUACACUACGGCUGUAUGUCCUCUACUCAUGUCCCACUCAUCCUAAUCCUCUCAUAUACUUUCAUCUGUUUGGGGGAGAGACUUGAGGGGUGCAGAGUCAUUCAUGGGGAGACCUGCAGUGGCCUAACCUUCCUCCACAUGCUGUAAUUCCCCUCUACGUCAUUCCUGGCAGAGGAUCUGGCCCAGUUAGCAUACCUCUGUGGACAAGAAUAG